GUGAAUAGUAAAUACAUACUAUACAACAAGUAAUGAGUUACUUCAGAACGGAUAAUUGGUGGAAACGGCGUGACCACCGACGGAUUCGUGGCGCUCGCGGCCAACGCUUUCUCUCUCUUCGCAUGCACAUUCUGUUUAUUGUUUCUGUACUUUCCUUUCUGGAGUUCUACAUGAUUCGUAGCACGGAUAUCGAGCCCUAUCAUAUUGCCCCUCCGCCGGUGCGACCGCCUCCACCGCUGGCGCGGUCAUUAGGCUACUCGCUGACAAGUGAGAUGCCAUACCUGCAGACGUUGGAACUGGAAGAUCGGAUUCCAGACCACGUCCCUCAGAAAUAUUCGUUUAAUUAUGCAGGGGUCCGAAGUGGCGGCAAAAUGUCAUAGUGAAAGUUCUUUUCACAAAACCAAAGUAGCUUGAAAAAAUCCAAAACGAAGAGAUUCACGAAUCGACGCCACGUUGCCACGUAAAAUACGCAUUAGACAGCACCAAGUUUAUUCACACCAUCCUCCGAACUCAAUGAGGCGGUCCUGGCGAUGGAAGACAUUUUCGCGAUUGACCUUGUUUUUGUGCUUCUAAGAUGAAUUUAAGGGAUUCUCGACCUUGACGUCAUCUCGUCAAUGGCAUAAGCAGUGAGUGUUCACUCUUGGGUUUGAGGCAGACAUGAGUCGCGUGGAAAAGGUGGCUGAAUGGAAUGGUCUUUGGCAUACUCCUCGACAAAGCCAGAUCCAAUAUAGGAAGCCCGAGUGCAUCCAAGGACUUGAUGUGGCUAGAAGUGCUACAUGACAUUUAGGAGGAACAAUUUGCUACAAAAAGUACUAAUGCAUUGGAAAAAAAAAGAUAAA